AUGUAAAAAAAAACUAUAUAACGAAAAAGACUACAAUAUGAAGAAGCACUUAAAGUAGCUGCCAAAGAAGAUGUAUAUAAUCAAUAAGUUGUUUUAGGUUUCUUUUUUUGGAUAAUGCACUAAAUUUAGAGAGAGAUCAACAGAACCUGCACCAAUAGAUCGUGCAAUAUAAUUUCUAUUCCUUAAAGAAAAUGUAUGUUAUAUUUAAAAUACAAGAAUGUUGAUAGAAAAAUAGCAUUGUAAUUUGGAAGUAGAAGAUUAUGUAAGAUAGACAGUACACGUUAAUAUGAUGGACCUGCCAAUUUUAGAGUUAUGAAAACAUCUAAGCAAUUAAUAGGUUCAAUAAAUGGUUGGCAAAAUGGAAAUGCUGAUGUUAAAUUUAAUUUGGGUUCUGGUUUUACAAAUAUUUAAGACAGAUAUGAUAAUAGUUUUACAUUAAAAAUUGAUACUGAUUAAAGAGUAAUGACUUCUGAGAGGGAUAGAAUUUCAAUGUAAAAAUAUGAGUUCUCCAAGUUCAAUUCUUAGAGAUUGACGUAAGAAUUAUGUAAAUUAAAAGCGGAGAACACAUUCAAAAAUAUACAAUAUAAGCAAAUUGUUGAUUUUACCUAACAAUCUCUAUUUCAACCUUUUGAAAAAUAAACCACUCCAAAAUUAUCUACUCCAAAAUAAUUCUAUGAAGAUUCUGUAAAUGAGAAUGAUCCCAAAACAUUUGAUGAUUCAAGUAGUUCAAGAACUAGAGCUAUUACUAAUUUACAUGAAAAAAAAUAUACAUAAUUAUGUAAAAAGACAAUCUCAGAACAUAGAUUUGGUUAAAAUAAAUAAGCAUAUCUCAAACUCUUUAAAUAAUUAAAAUCAGAUACAUAAUUGAUUAAAUGUAAAUAGAAUAUAAAGAAAUGCUAGUAAUUAUAAAAUGAUAGCAAAUCUAGAAGAAAUUCUUAACUUUCUUUUUUCUUCAAUCUUACAAAUAAAUAAAGAUUAAAUUCUAAUACUUCUAUAAGCAAUUCAUAAUAAAAUUACAAUUAAUAAUCAAAUUAUAAACAAGAAAACAAUUUUGAGUAAUAAUUAGAAUAAUUUGUCAAAUAAAGAAUGUUUACAUAACACAAUUAAACUAAUUGUUCUACUAUUGAUUAUACUAAUAUACAUUAGAAAUUAAAUGUAUUCUUUUUUUAAUAUAAAUUAGCAAUAUCAAUAAAUAAAACAGUAAGAAAUUAAAAGAAUAUAAAAAGUGCGAAUGGUUUCAUAGAGAUGA